AUGGUUCUCAGAAAACCGAUCUUCGCCAAUAAAGAAGACGCCAACGCCCGCGAGGCGUUGAAGCUCUACGAGGGGAAACAGUACAAGAAAGCGCUCAAGCUUAUCGACCAGAACCUCAAAAAGAACUCGAGCCAUGCUGAGUCUUUGGCGAUCAAAGGUUGUUGCAAUUUUCAGUUGGGCCAUAAAAGUGAUGCUGAGCACUACAUAGUUAAGGCCACAGCAAAAGAUUCAAACAAUUACUUGGUCGACCAUCUUGCUGGUAUUUAUUAUAGAAGCGUUGACAAUUACCAAGAGGCUGCAAAAUGGUUCAAAGCGGCGGUCGACAACGGGCUGCCCAACACGUUGCUCUUGAGAGACUUGUCGCUAUUGCAGUCACAAGUGAGAGACUACAAAAACUUGAGAGACUCGAGACAAGCGUUUUUGGAAUCGCAACCGGGCUACAGAGCAAACUGGACCGCUGUAGCUGUGGCGCACCACCUAAAUAAGGAUUACGACGCUAGUGUGAAUACUUUGGCUAAGAUCGAGGAUAUCAUCAAGGAGCACUUGCAAGAGCAGGAUCGUUACGAGCAAAGCGAGUGUGUGCUUUACAAGAAUAGCAUCAUUGCCGAGGCAGGUAACUACGCAAGAGCGUUGGAAGAUUUGGAGAAAGAUGUUAGCGAAAUCAGAGAUAUGACCUCAUUCAUGGAGUACAAGGCGAAGUACCUCUUGUUGCUAGGCAAGAAGAAAGAAGCUUCCAUGGUGUACCGUCAGUUGUUGCAACGGAACCCAGACAACGUGGGUUACUUCAAUCUUUUAGAAACCUGCUUGGACACUGCUUCAGGGCCCGUGGAAACCAGAUUGGCUCUCUACGAUAAGUUGGCCUCUUUCUAUCCACGCUCUGAUCCUGCUGUAUUUUUGCCAUUGGGGUUCUUGCCAGCUUCCCACCCAGAGUUCCAGAAGAGAGCAUCUCUGUAUAUUUUGGGACAAUUGAAGCGUGGUGUUCCUGCAACAUUUGUCAAUGUGAAACCGCUUUACAAGAAUAAAAGAAAGAUUGUGGUGAUUGAGAAAAUCGUCAAGGACUUCUUCGCCAACGAAGUGCCUGGAUUUAACCCUACAGUGUUUGUUUGGGUCUCCUAUUUCUUAUCGCAGCAUUACCUUUACUUGAACAAGUUGGAUGUUGCUAUGGAGUAUAUUCAGCAAGCUCUUAAUCAUUCCCCUACACUUGUGGAAUUGUACAUUCUCAAAGCAAGAAUUACCAAGCACUUGGGCAAGAUCGAGCAAGCCAAAGAUAUCAUGGAGGAGGGCCGCAAACUAGACUUGCAGGACAGAUUUGUGAAUUCUAAGGCGGCCAAAUAUUUGCUCAGAUCUAACCAUGUGGAUGAGGCCAUCGAAGUUGUAUCAUUAUUCACCAAGCUAGAUGAGUCUGCUGUCAACGGUCUCAAAGACUUGCACACCAUGCAAGCAAACUGGGUUUUGGUGGAGAGCGCUGAGGCGCACGUGAGAUUAUACGAAGAAAAGCUCUCUGAAGUGCGUGCUUUACCUGAAGACGCUGCUCAAAGUGAAGUAUCUGAUUUGCAGGAUCAAGCUGAUAUUUACAGAGGUUUGGCAUUGAAACGGUACAUGGCGAUCGUUAAAGUGUUCCAGACCUUCCAGUCAGAUCAGUUUGACUUCCACUCUUAUUGCAUGAGACGAGGUACUCCUCGUGACUACAUUGAUACCUUGAAGUGGGAGGAUAAGCUUCAUUCCACGCCUAUUUACGUUCGUGCUAUAAGAGGCCUUCUUAAGUUAUACUGGGAAAUCUACCAUCAACAAAAGCAUACUUCCAAUGGCAGCGCGAAGCCAGACACAAGGAAGAAUAAAAAGAACAAACCGCUCAAUGUCAAGAAGAAGAGUGAAAUGAUUGCCAAGGUUGAAUCGGAAAAGGACGACGCAGACCCCUUGGGUGCCAAGUUGCUUUCUGACUUGAAAGCCAAUGAUCAUUUAUUAAAGGAUAUGGAGAAAUACGUCAACCAAUUGACUAGCGAAGCUGACGAUUACAAGUGCACGUGGGAGCUCGCUUUUGAUUUGCAAGUUGAGGAUUCCAAAUAUGUGCUUGCCUUACAAGCUCUCAAGAGCUUGAGCAAACUUGAGGGAUCUGCCAAGUCGGCUAAUGUGUUGUCCAGAAAAAAGAUUCUCGAAGAAGCAUUAGCACAGGACACUAGUGUCAAUCCGGCCAUCGUAAAGGUGGUUCAGAAGGGCCUUGAAAGCGCAUUUCCCAAUUCAACGGAGGCAAAUUAA